CUGGCUGGAGAAAGCUGGAGCUGAGCAUCCUUCGCGGCGGGCUAUGAACCGGAGACUAAGCCGCGAGUUAUAGGCUGUGUGAGGGAGCAGGGCGGGCACCGAGUCCGCUAUAUCUCUCCGUUAACACUGAGUUUCCCGUUUUGCGAAUUCCCCAUUGCAGGGGCUGUCUACCCCUCAGUACGCGGUCAUUGAACCCGCUCUGCGUUCCUGCAUCUCACCGUAACCAAAUAGAAACAAUGCUUUUGUGGCAUAUCCUCUGGUGCUUUUAUUCCGCAUUCCCCAUUCUUAUGGGGCAGACCUCAGCCAAAGGAGUGACCGCCAGUUUAGCUGCCAAAUGGCCAGACACCCCACUAUUACUGGAGGCCAGCGAGUUUAUGGCAGAAGAAGGAAACGAGAAAUUUUGGCAGUUUUUGGGAACGGUGCAAGAGUUAUCAAUCUAUAAGAACAAAGGUACCGAGUCUUCAUAUUAUAACUUGAUUUUAAAGAAGGCUGGCCAAUUUCUGUCUGAUCUGCAGCUCACCUUGCUGAAAUUUGCUUUCUCGAUAAGAGCCUAUUCUCCUGCCAUCCAAAUGUUUCAACAGAUUGCAGCUGAUGAACCCCCUCCAGAAGACUGUGGCGCAUUUGUCGCGAUCCAUGGGAAGCACACAUGCAAAACAAGUCAGAUAAAAAAACUGCUGAAAGAAGCAUCUGAAAGACCAAGACCUUACUUGUAUAAAGUGGAUCAUACAUUUCCAACACUUGCCAAGAAUGCCCCUGUGGUUAUUCUGUAUGCAGAAGUGGGUACAAAGGACUUUGCAUCUUUUCAUAAAAUACUGGCAGAAAAAGCAGAAAAAAAAGAAAUCAUUUAUGUACUAAGGCACUACGUUCAGCAUCCCAGCACACGGAGAAUGCAGUUAUCUGGAUACGGGGUGGAGCUGGCUAUUAAAAGCACGGAGUACAAAGCAAUGGAUGACACGCAAGUCGAAGCCAACAAUGCUACGGUAAAAAGUGAGGAUGGAAUAUCUGAAGAUGUACAAGGAUUUUACUUUGACAAAUUGAUACAAAUGUAUCCUGAUCUCAAGGAGAAUUUGGUGGAGUUUCGGAAGCAUCUUAUUGAAAGCACCAAUGAAAUGCUACCCCUGAAAGUCUGGGAGCUGCAAGAUCUGAGCUUCCAAGCUGCCUCUAAAGUUCUCUCCACGCCUUCCUAUGAAGCGUUAAAGAUUUUGCGUGACAUCUGCCAAAAUUUUCCUAUCAAGGCAAGAUCACUAACCAGAAUUGCAUUAAAUCAGGAAAUGAGGAGGGAGAUAGAAGAAAACCAGAAGCACUUGUCAGAGUCAUUUGGAAUUCAACCUGGAGAUGCAGCUUUAUAUAUCAAUGGCCUCCACAUCGAUCUAGACGUUCAUAAUUCAUUUAGCAUUUUAGAAACUCUUAAAACGGAAGGCAAAGCUCUUUAUGGACUCUCUGAGUUGGGAAUAAACAACGAAGAUCUUGGUAAAUAUUUAAAAUUGCAAGUGCUCCCUGGAGAAGAAAACUAUGCUUUGGAUAUCAGGCAUUCUGCAAUAACUUGGAUGAAUGACAUUGAAACCGAUCACAUGUAUUCAACGUGGCCAUCCAAUGUCCAGGAGCUACUGAGGCCCUCUUUCCCUGGAGCCAUACGUCAAAUUAAGAGGAACUUUUUCAAUCUGGUUUUUUUUCUCGAUCCUGUUCAAGAUUAUGCUGCUGAUUAUGUGAAGCUUGCCGAAUUAUUCUAUCAACAUAAUGUUCCUCUCAGGAUUGGUUUUGUUUUUAUCAUAAAUUCUCAAGAAGAUGAUGAAACUGUGAAUGAUGCAGGAACAGCUUUGUGGAGAGCAUUCAACUUCAUUGCGGAAGAAUCUGACGUGGCCCAAGCUUUCUCAAGCUUAAUUAGUAUGUACAACAAAGUGGAUGAUGGAGAAACUCUUACUCUGGACAUUGUAAAGUCAGUGCUGAAAUAUGAAUUUCCUAAAGCUGACAUAGAGCAAGUUUUAGGUUCACACUCAGAAUACAGCCGCAAGAUUAAGGCAGGAGCAACCUUUUAUAAGAAGAGUGGCCUAGGUCCAUUGCCUCAAGUUCUGUUUAAUGGUGUGCCCUUUAACAGCGAGGAGAUGGAUGUUGAAGAGAUGGAGACGGUUAUUCUGCAGAGGAUCAUCGAUGCCACCGGGUUCUUCCAGAGGGCAGUGUUCAUGGGUCUCCUAAAUGACCAUAAUGAUGCUGUAGAUUUUCUAAUGGAUCAGCCUAAUGUAGUAACCAGGAUCAGUCCUACUAUACUUACUGGAGAAAAGACCUAUCUCAAUUUUAUUUCAAGAUCAGCUACUUAUAGUCUACAGGAAUAUGAUAUAUUUUCCUAUCUGGACUCCCAAGACAAGAAUACAGUAAUGGCUGAAAAUAUGAAAUACGUGACUAAAGAAGAUGAGGAUGUAAUUUAUGCAGUCACCAUCUGGAUUAUUGCUGAUUUUGACAAGCCAGCUGGGAGACAACUGCUCACUAAAGCUGUGAAACACAUGAAAAAGAGUAGUACGUCCCGAUUUGGUAUUAUAAAUAAUCCAACAAGUGAAAUGACAGAAGAUAACACCCGUGUUUCAAGAGCUUUAUGGGCUGCUCUUCUUACACAAAAAAACACCAAUAUAGUUAAGUUCUUCACAAAGUUUGCAAAGGAGGACACUGCUCAAGCACUUUCUAAAGGAGAGAAAAUCAAGAGGCUUCUUAUUCCAGAAAUGGAUGAUGAUGCCUUUGAAAAGAAAUAUAAUACAAUGGGAACCGACAUACUCCUUACUCAAGAGUUAUACUGUCGUGAAGUUCUUAAACUACAACCUGGACAAAUGGCUGUGAUCAGUAAUGGACGGGUUUUAAGUCCUAUUGAAUCAAAUGAAUUCCACGAGGAAGAUUUUAACUUAUUGGAAAAGAUCACGUACUCUACAUCCGCUGAAAAAAUAAAAAAUCUUGUGAAAAAGAUGGUUCCAUCAUCAAAGCGUACUGCAAGUGAUUUGAUUAUGAAGGUGGAUUCUCUUCUCUCUUCAAUGCCAAAAGGAGAGUCCAGGCAAGAGAUCCGCUUCAUGAAGCAGAAAAACAGUUUACUAAAAGUUGAACCUCAGGAGUCUGGCCCUUAUUUUGAUGUUAUUGCUGUGGUUGACCCUCUUUCCAGAGAAGCCCAGAAGAUGUCUCAUUUCCUGAUUGUUCUUGGACGAUUAAUAAAUCUGAAGUUAACCAUGUUCAUGAAUUGCAAAGCCAAACUAUCAGAAAUGCCAUUGAAAAGUUUUUAUCGCCUGGUGCUUGAGCCGGAACCAGUAUUUUUGAAGGGGGAUAGUCUUUCUCCGGGGCCCUCUGCAAAGUUCCUGGAUAUGCCUGAAUCUCCAAUUUUCACUCUCAAUAUGAUCACCCCAGAGAGCUGGCUCGUAGAAGCGGUACAUAGUUCAUGCGAUCUUGAUAAUAUCCAUUUACAAGAUAUAGAAGGAAUUGUCACAGCAAACUAUGAGCUGGAAUAUCUGUUACUUGAAGGACACUGCUUUGAUGUAUCAACGGGACAGCCACCCAGAGGACUGCAGUUCACGUUAGGCACCAAAAGAGAUCCAGUUAUGGUAGACACUAUAGUAAUGGCCAAUCUGGGAUACUUCCAGCUGAAAGCUAACCCUGGCGCAUGGGCUUUACAGUUGCGGAAGGGGCGAUCACAAGACAUAUACCAUGUAUUUUCACACAUGGGUACUGAUUCUCCUUCUGAUCAAGAAGAGAUUAUUGUGGCAUUGAAUAAUUUCAACAGUAAAAUAAUCAAAGUACACGUACAGAAGAGACCUGAUCAGAUGCAUGCAGAUCUCCUGAGCAGCGAGCCGGAGGAGAAAUCGGGUCUGUGGAAUUCCAUUAUAAGUUUUACAGGAGUAGGAAAUAAUGAGGAAAAGGAGAAGAAAUCUGAUGUUCUAAACAUCUUCUCUGUUGCUUCAGGACAUUUAUAUGAACGCUUUUUAAGAAUUAUGAUGUUCUCUGUUCUACAGAAUACAAAAACACCGGUAAAGUUUUGGUUUUUAAAAAACUAUCUUUCUCCUAAAUUCAAGGAAAUUAUUCCCUAUAUGGCAAAAGAAUAUGGUUUUCAGUAUGAGCUAGUGCAGUACAAAUGGCCAAGAUGGCUUCACCAACAGACCGAGAAGCAGAGGAUUAUCUGGGGUUAUAAAAUUCUCUUCCUGGAUGUUCUUUUUCCCCUUGCUGUGGACAAAAUUAUUUUUGUGGAUGCAGACCAGAUUGUGAGGGCAGAUUUAAAAGAACUACGUGAUUUUAACCUUGGAGGAGCUCCUUAUGGCUACACACCUUUUUGUGACAGUCGUAGAGAAAUGGAUGGGUACCGUUUCUGGAAGUCUGGAUAUUGGGCAUCACAUCUUGGACACAGGAAAUACCACAUAAGUGCUUUAUAUGUGGUGGACCUAAAAAAGUUCAGGAAGAUCGCUGCUGGGGACCGGCUUCGAGGUCAAUACCAAGCACUGAGCCAGGAUCCAAACAGCUUAUCUAAUUUGGACCAGGACCUACCAAACAACAUGAUUCAUCAGGUAUCAAUAAAAUCCCUUCCCCAGGAAUGGCUUUGGUGUGAAACCUGGUGCGAUGAUAAAUCCAAGGAAAAAGCCAAAACCAUUGACUUGUGCAACAAUCCCAAAACAAAAGAACCCAAGUUAAAAGCUGCGGCCAGAAUUGUGCCAGAGUGGAAAGACUACGACGCAGAGAUACGGCAGCUGCUGAAACGAAUCGAAGAGCAGAAAAGUAAUGGAACGCAGCCAUCUGAAAAUGGCACACAACAUGAUGAACUUUAGCAUUUUCCAUGGAGUGACCUUUCCGCAGGAAUGUUUCACCACAGCUUUUUAUGUGAUAAGGAGUGUUCCACUUAAAACCUUUUUAUAUGGAUUGAAAAAGAAUUUGGAAAACCCACACGCAAAAAUAUUUGAUCCGGUCUUCUUGUAUAGGUUUCUUCCUGCCACAUCUGUCACUCUUCUCUGGCCUUUGUAGCCCUCCUUAUCCUGUACUGUGUGGAUGUUUUAUUUAAAACAAAUAUACCUGUGGUCACAUAACGUUUGAAUUUCAGGAAUCAUCCGAACAUAGUUUACAAAAUUGUUGGAAUUUGCUUUGUAUGUAUCUUCAGGUCAUAGUAGAAUGUACAUUUAUUUCAGACAAGGUAUGCAUUAGCUGAAAAAUGCUGCAUGUUCCUAAACUACCUUUUCUAUUUGGAGACAAGUUCUUGUUUUAAAAAGUGUCCUUGGCCAGUAAUGUUCCCCUGUAUAACAUCUCAGCAUUUUGUCAAUGAGGUGUU